UCGCUGCGCCAGGCGCGCCAUCUCCGGACCCGGCGUGCGUCCCCACGAGGACAGCGACCCCGCCGCUCCACCUGCCUCUCUGCUCGCUUCCUGCCACCUUGCCACCCCACGGCGAGGGGCCCGGGAGAGAGCCCAGCCUGCCCUCGCCCCCCACCCGGCAGCCCUCCCGCCGCCUUGCGCGCCAUGGACGCCCCGGAGCAGCAGCCCGACCCCGACGGCGGGGAGGGCAGCUCCCAAGACGAGUUCGACUUCUCCAUCCUCUUCGACUAUGAUUAUUUGAAUCCUAUCGAAGAAGAACCGAAUGCACAUAAGGUCGUCUGCCCACCCUCCGGACUUGCAUACUCUGAUGAUAUCCUGGACUAUGGCCCCCUCCCCAGUCUCGCUGGCGAGCCCCCCGGCCGGUUCGGAGAGCCGGAUAGGCUAGGGCCCCAGAACUUUCUGAGCCCGGCCAAGCCAGCAGGGGCCUCGGGCCUGAGCCCUCGGAUCGAGAUCACUCCGUCCCACGAACUGAUGCAGGCAGGGGGGCCCCUCCGCGUGAGAGACACUGGCCUCCUGGGCGAGCAGGCGCCCCUGGCAGGGGUGGCCGCCAGCCCGAGGUUCACCCUGCCCGUGCCCGGCUUCGAGGGCUACCGCGAGCCGCUUUGCUUGAGCCCCGCUAGCAGCGGUUCCUCUGCCAGCUUCAUUUCCGACACCUUCUCCCCCUGCACCUCGCCCUGCGUCUCGCCCAAUAACGGCGGCGGGCCGGACGACCUGUGUCCCCAGUUUCAAAACAUCCCUGCUCAUUAUUCCCCCAGAACCUCGCCAAUAAUGUCACCUCGAACCAGCCUCGCUGAGGACAGCUGCCUGGGCCGCCACUCGCCCGUGCCCCGUCCGGCCUCCCGCUCCUCGUCUCCUGGUGCCAAGCGGAGGCAUUCGUGCGCCGGGGUCUUGGUUGCCCCACUGCCCGGAGCCUCACCCCAGCGCUCCCGCAGCCCCUCGCCACAGCCCCGGGACGACGGCGCCCCCGCUGGGUAUCUGCCCCCGGCUGGCUCUGCCGUCCUCAUGGAUGCCCUGAACAGCCUCGCUGCCGCGGACUCGCCUUGUGGGAUCCCCACCAAGAUGUGGAAGACCAGCCCCGACCCGUCGCCAGUGUCUGCGGCCCCGUCCAAGGCCGGCCUGCCCCGCCACAUCUACCCGGCGGUGGAGUUCCUGGGGCCCUGCGAGCAGGAAGAUAGGAGGAACUCAGCCCCUGAGCCCAUCUUGCUGGUGCCGCCCACUUGGCCCAAGCAGCUGGUGCCUGCGAUUCCCAUUUGCAGUAUCCCAGUGACUGCAUCUCUCCCUCCGCUCGAGUGGCCACUCUCCCACCAGUCAGGCUCCUACGAGCUGCGGAUUGAGGUGCAGCCCAAGCCACACCACCGCGCCCACUAUGAGACAGAAGGCAGCCGAGGGGCUGUCAAAGCCCCAACCGGUGGCCACCCUGUGGUUCAGCUCCAUGGCUACAUGGAAAACAAGCCCCUGGGGCUUCAGAUCUUCAUUGGGACAGCUGAUGAGCGGAUCCUUAAACCCCACGCCUUCUACCAGGUGCACCGGAUCACGGGAAAAACCGUGACCACCACCAGCUAUGAGAAGAUCGUGGGCAACACCAAAGUUAUAGAGAUCCCACUGGAGCCAAAAAACAACAUGAGAGCGACGCUAAUUGGGUUCCUUUGCUUUGCCUCUGGGCUCUCUGAGGAUGCCAAGGCCUCCCCCGGAGGAGCCCAGCGAUCCGCCCACGAGCUGCCCAUGGUGGAGAGACAAGAUGUCGACAGCUGCCUGGUCUACGGGGGCCAGCAGAUGAUUCUCACGGGACAGAACUUCACGGCCGAGUCCAAAGUCGUGUUCACGGAGAAGACCACAGAUGGGCAGCAAAUUUGGGAGAUGGAGGCCACGGUGGAUAAAGACAAAAGCCAGCCCAACAUGCUUUUUGUUGAGAUCCCUGAGUAUCGGAACAAGCACAUCCGCGCUUCGGUGAAGGUGAACUUCUAUGUCAUCAAUGGGAAGAGAAAACGAAGUCAGCCUCAGCACUUUACCUAUCAUCCAGUCCCAGCCAUCAAGACAGAGCCCAGUGAUGAAUAUGACCCCGCCUUGAUCUGCAAUCCCAUCCACGGGAACCUGGGGACCCAGCCUUACUACCCACAGCACCCUAUGGUGGCUGAGUCCCCCUCCUGCCUCGUGGCCACCAUGGCUCCCUGCCAGCAAUUCCGCUCAGGGCUCUCGUCCCCCGACGCCCGCUACCAGCAGCAGAACCCAGCGGCCGUCCUGUACCAGCGCAGCAAGAGCUUGAGCCCCAGCCUACUGGGCUACCAGCAGCCGGCCCUCAUGGCCACGCCUCUGUCCCUCGCGGACGCCCACCGCUCCGUGCUGGUGCAUGCCGGCUCCCAGGGCCAGAGCUCUGCCCUACUCCAUUCCUCUCCGGCCAACCAGCAGGCCUCUCCGGUGAUCCACUACUCGCCCACCAACCAGCAGCUGCGCUGUGGAAGCCACCAAGAAUUCCAGCACAUCAUGUACUGCGAGAAUUUCGCACCCGGAACCUCCAGGCCUGGCCCGCCCCCUGUCAAUCAAGGUCAGAGGCUGAGCCCGGGGUCCUACCCCACAGUCAUUCAGCAGCAGAAUGCCACAAGCCAAAGAGCCGCCAAAAACGGACCCCCGGUCAGUGACCAAAAAGAAGCAUUACCCACGGGAGUGACAAUUAAGCAGGAGCAGAACUUGGAUCAGACCUACCUGGAUGACGUUAAUGAAAUUAUCAGGAAGGAGUUUUCAGGACCUCCCGCAAGAAAUCAGACGUAGAAGAAGCCAUUAGCAAGACACCCUCCGUAUCUGACCCCUCGGAGCCUUCCACUGCCCUCACCUCUGUUUUCUUCCCUGUACAUCUUCUGGCCCGGAGCCCAUACGCGGGACAGUGUCCCGGCAGAAAGCAGACGCUCGAUUCAGCAGCUCUCGCCACCUCUCUCUGGAAACACCAGAGAGGACACUCUACCUUUUUAUUUUUAUUUUUUGUUUUAAAUCCCAAAGAGCAUCUCAGUUGACUUGAAUGGUAUCCCAUCCAAACCUUAAGUGCCUGCUGACCCAAAACGCAUUCUGAACAAGACAGCACAUUGGAACCCACCUGAGAACAGAGUGACCGGAGUUGGGGCAUGGGCUGGGUGGGGGG